CGUGGAGUCAGCGAAACAGGCAGUGGCCUCCUGCCCUGGGCUAGUCCCCCAUGGGGUGGCUCGGGAACAGUCACCCUCCUGCACUCCCCAUUAAUUUUCAAGUGCUGACAAGCCCCAAGCCGGGAGCUCGGCCUGCCCCGCGCAGCUGACAGGAAAUGAUGCUCGGCUCCCUUGGCUGUGGGGUGGAGGGGAACUUUCUCACUGAGCGGGUGCACGCUGGCUCUGUGGGGCUGCUCCUGAGGAGCCUUUUCCUGCAGCUGGGCAGGCCGGGACAGCAGAACGGGACGGAGAGGCUGCAGAGAGGACUCGCUCCCCAGUGCUUCCGUCCUGGCCGGGAUGCGGCGGUGAGGGGCUGGGCCUGCCCCCCUCCCUACCACUCAGGGAACAGCUUCACUGCAGGAUCCGGGGCUGCAGUUCAUCAGCUCCUGUCCAGCCCUGAGGCCAGGAAGAGCUGCCUUGCCAGAUGCUGGGAUCCCGUCACCCACACUCCAGCGCUGCCCUGCUCUCAGCCGUCCUCCUCCUGCACAUUCAGGCUGCAGUGGCCGUGAAUUUCCAGGUGCUGGCUCCUGCCGGCCCCCUCUCCGCCCCGCUGGGGGGCACCGUGCUGCUGCCCUGCCACCUCUCCCCCGCGCUCAGCGCCCAGGCCAUGCAGGUGAAAUGGAGCCGGGUAGGCCAGGACAUCCAUGUGUACCUUCCGAAUGGGAGCGAGGUGCAGGGUGAGAGGACGGAGCUCCUGCGGGACGGGAUCCAGAAAGGCAGCCUGGCCCUGCGGAUCUGGAACCUCACCCUGCAGGAUGAAGGGCGCUACCUCUGUGACUUCCAGUCCAACAACACCGUUGGCAACGCCACACUGGAGCUCCAUGUGACGAGCUCCGGCUCGGACCCCCUCCUCCAUAUUGGUGGAUAUGACGGCAAGCAGAUGAACGUGACAUGUCUCUCUGUGGGGUGGUACCCGAAGCCAAAGGUGCUCUGGAGAAAUGGCCACAGGGAGAGACUGACCCCAUCUAAGGAGGAAAAAAUCUCCAUAAACCAGGACCUCUUUGAUGUCUCCAGCUCCGUGGUAGUGACUGAGCAGUCGGCCCCAACACUGAUUUGUGUCAUCAGACCCGGCUCACCUGGCCCGGAGAAAGUCUCAGCCAUUCUCAUCUCACGUGAGCUGCUAAUGGAACCAGGACACAGACCUGGGUCCAGAUUGGCAUUGAUAGACUAUGAGUUUUUCCCCAAAGUCUCCUCUUGGAAGGUUGGCCUCUUCUUGUUCCUGUCAGUGUGUGUUUGCCUCCUCUUCUUGCCUGCCUGCUACUUAUGGAGGGUUCAAAGAGCAAAAAGGAAAUCCUCCAAUUUAACCACAAAGAAGUGAUGGAUCCUUCGAUACAGGGGAAAGGAAAUUCCUACGGUCCUGAAAAAGAGUCUUUGGUGGGGAGUCACAAUGGUGGAAGCUAAGUGGACUGGAAGGAGUCAGGCCUACCAACAUGUCUGCCACCCCCACCGUCUCCUGGGAGUCCGGGAUCUACCAUUACACUGUGGGGCCCGCACCAUCCUGAUCCUCAGUGCGGUCCAGCCAGAUUGACCCAGACGACACUACCACCUCCACUGGCUUUGGCUAAAUCCUGAAGAGAAUCUGGGACAUGAGACUUGGGUCUUCGCUGCCACCUGGCCCCCCGUGUGUCCUUUUCCUUCCUUCCUUAUUAUUUCUCUGUCCUAUUGCUCUCCUUUUGCCUUCUGUUUAAUGAGAGUCUGGCUUAGUUGCCCAAGACUGUAUAUUUUGCAAUGCUGCUGUGAGCCCAUGACCAGAGAGGCAGCUAAAAGCAAUGCCCUAAACUGGCCCAAGGUCUCGGAGUGGCUGAUGGGACCAUGUGCUGGGCUGUGUUUCUCCAACAGUGAGUUUGUGAGUGCGAGUUAACGCUAGAGACAGAAGCUGCAUUUUCUCUCUCGGCUGUUCUUUCCUUUCCUGUCUUGAGUGUGUUUGUCUUGUUCUGUCUUAAAGGAAGCAGGAGCAGAUUCUAGCAACAACAGCUUCAGCCCAUCUCAGCUCAACUUUUGUCUAUUCCCGCAAAUGGACAGUUUAAUACCCUCUGUAAUACCAGCCGAAGGAUUGUCAAACGGCUAGAACUCUCUCCAGUGAAAGGGAAAGGGGACAAGGGAUGUUGUUACAACAAAAAUCUCCCUUAAUAGUUCACAUUUCAAAGGCUGGAUCAUUUUCCCUUCUUUUCCUGUCUCUUUAAUAAAAGGUUACACUGA